UCUUCCACUUACUUUACAUAAUUCUCCCGUCUCCUAACUUUAAUCGAUAUUUAUGCGAAAAGUGAUCGACAGGGACAAUUAAACUCAACUUUUGAGUUAAAUCAUGACGCUACUCCUACUGCAGGAACGUGUAGGGCCGAGUCGGUUUAAGUGGUUUAAGCUGUCAAUAUUUCCCUGGGCAAGGUUUAUUUCCCCGCAUCGUGAGUUCAGGGAGCAUAAAAUAGCUUCAAGCUCAAUGUGUGAUAGUAAAUAAAGGGAGGAAUGAGACAGAUAUAUCAGCGCCAGCACACAAAGAGAGAAAUGCCACGCAAAUACGGGAUCAUGAUCUUGUCGAUGUUGAGGUUGAUGACAGCUAAGAAGCCACAGAACUCAAUCGAAAGAGCUCACCAUCGACGGCGUGACAUGCCCAACAUUCUUAUCGCAUGUCACUGAGACGCCAGGCGCCCUUAUCUACUUGUGUGUCUUUAUCAGGAGAACUAUUAGUUGAGGGCCAAAGCCACGGCACCGUGCUUUAUCGGCAUCGAGCACGAGCACCGGAUACAAAUGCGACCGCAUGAUAGCCUUCUCACUGCGCCAUCGAGCUACCUGGUAGCUCUUGAGAGCCUCCAGACGUUAAUAGAUUACAGUUUAGUGUUCAAUAGUAACCCAAUCGAGUCUCUUAGUGUUCCUAAUAUAGGAAAAAGAGACUGUUGAGCAACGUGGACAUCGUGGUCAGCUGUGUUGGUUCUCUUCCUCUGCCCAAAGAGGCAUCAGCAUUUAUCCACGAGGCAGCAGUAACGGUCGCCUCAUGACCAUAACGACCUAAUUCAGAAUCAUCCUUUCCCGUAACGGUCGACACCUCGCCAAGAUCACUGAGGAAAGUAAAAGUUGUAGACUAUUGAGCCUGGAGAGCUGAAGGUGUUGCGAUAUAAUGAGGGGAAGGAAAGCGAGCGCGAAAGCAGCGAAGGCCAAGAGAACGAGGCUUGCCUGGGGAGAGAAGGUCUAUACAGGAGAGAGGCUUAUUCUAUUAACAAGAUACACUACGGUAUAAUGUAUUGUCAACCAACAUUCUUUCAUCUCUUGGCGGUUUUCCACAAUGGUGCAUCAAAGAAAAGGCGUUCACGUUGAACAAGAAGAGCUUUGAUGUAAGCCAAGAUGCAAGUUCCUGAGUCAUCAACGAAACAACUCAAGCAGUUUUCUCAGUCGAGUCGGCUUCACCGCCAGGGGGGUUCGUGAUAGCGAAACAAGCCAAGCCUUGUUGGUUUUCCUGGAUCUAACCACAUCCUCAUGCAGCGUGGAAUGGAAAUGGGGCAGGUUAGAUCUGAUCUGACCUUGGCAGGGCAUUGCAACGCCAGAAGGCUGAUGAAGUACUAAGCUCUUCUAGGAAGUCUGGUCUGGCUUCUAAAGCUUCUAGCGUGAGACGACAGCCUAAUCGAGUUUGGGUGAGUUCUUGGAAACUGACAAAUAGUGGGGGAUCAUCAUGGUCCAUCUUGUCUCUAUUGAUCUUUUGUGCCUUUUCUUAUGAGUUGACCCAUUUACAGUACCACUUUGAUCCGAUGCUUACCGUUAUCUUCUUAAUGCUACGGAGCUUAAGCUCCUAAAUCAAAAGAUCAACCAAGAAGAAUUCGUUCAAGAGUCUCUUUGGUCGCGUGGUGGCUUGGCCUGGGGUACAUCCCUGGUGCAGAUCUGCUCUGACAGCCAAGGACAGGGGGUCCCGGACUGUCAAACCUGCAGACACACAGCACGUUCCCUCUGGGCUUAUGCACGACAAUGGAACCUUUUUGCGACUACUGCUUCACGAUAAAAGCACAAUGAUGAUACGCCAAGCUGCAGUACGCAAUUGCGAGUCAACAGUGAGGCGAAAGAGGCGUCUACGUGUUUUAGCCAGGGGCUCAAAAGCCACAGAAUCGAUCCGAGAUGCCGAUCUAGGCUGUAGAGAAGCCAUGUCGACCUAUUUUGGUCAAUAAUCUGAAGGAAAGAGGCACAAGACCGUUGGAGGGUCUAUUUUGAACUGUUUUUUUGUGCAAUUGACGCAGAUGAGGCGUUUGAGAUGGGAAAACUGUUUCGACAUGACGUGUAAGCGGUCUUUUAACACGAAAGCACCUCGUAUGGCAAAGAAAUGACUACGAUAGUGCAGCAACGGAUAAAUCCUUACCUCCACAGACGCAGAAAUAGAAACUGAUGUAAGCUCUGUCGCUGGAUCGGGCCCUAAAGGCUCCAUCAGCUUUUGGGUCAGCGGCUUCUUCGGAUCACCGAGUGAGCGAAGCCAUCAUCUCAGUAUUCUCCACAGCUCUUACGCUGAACAACUGCCCCCGGCAUCGGCAGUGACAGAAACGCCGAGGAGCGUUAGAUUCUUGGUCUUGGCAGGUAAAAGUGAAUGAUCUGACACGGUUUACUCAGCUGUCUCUGCGCCGCCAGGCUCUGGCUACACCCCAGCCUUGGUGGCGUUUUAAACACACGGUCUGGAAGACUCGGCAACGAACCACUCAGAGUGUUUGCUUCGAAAAGGCUGGCUGAGCUAACAAACAGCUUCUCAGAAUAUUCUUCACGUAUUGGUUAUACCGAAGGGGCGAGACCGAGAACACGGUACCGCAAAGAUACACGGAUGGCGUAUGGCUGCCGAUAGUACAUACAGGGAUAGGGCUAGAGACAGGGACAGGGAUAGUUGUACCUCGAUGAGCAGUUCGAUGGUUGUAGAAGCUGUCAAUCGAACGGUUGGUGACAUUUCUUGUGGGCGUGGUCACAUAUUAAACCUCGAGUGGUGACAUCUCAAUCGUCGAUUCUAGAUAUGUAACUUUUCGACUGGUGACAUUGCAAUCGACGAUUGAUGACAUCUCCAUCAAUGAUUCUGUCCGUCUUCAUCAACACGUGGUUUCUGGAAGUUACGGCUUCACACGCGAGGCGGAAACUAACAUGGAUGUCGUCUAAGACAUGGGCAGACCUGGGCCUGGGCGAUGACAUACUGAGUCCACCCUCGCAAUGCCAAACUCCCUCAGCGUCAAAAGUUAGAUUUCACAAAAACAAUAAUAUUUUUCUCAACAUGACGAGAGUCAUAAUCAUGCUCUGAAUCAUGUUGGAAAAAAGAUCUGCAACAUGUGGCUCAACGCUCUGCAUAGAUAGUUCCUCCAUUCCAUCCAAUAGCCCCUGGAUUGCCUCAUAGUCGUUUCAACGCAGCGCCUCAUGAGCAAACACUGGCUGAGAAAGGGCUGGGCCUGUUUCACGGAUCCGCAGGGGUUGGUGCGUCUGUGGCGCUUCGCUUUAACGCCCUUCAGACCAAGACCCUCAGCUUGACUUGUAAGUCUUGGGGGUCUCGAACUCAGUAAAGAUCGGCUAUUCCAACGCCGUUGCGGGCCGUCAGGUUCUUUUUCGACACUGAUGCUCGCUCAACUUUGACGCCAGUCUCCAACGCAUUACUUCAGUGAUUACUCUCCUCAGCCUCUUGUUAUAUCUAGACCACUUCGCCCGUUGAGAAAACGACUCCUUUCUCUUCAUACCAUUUCAACAUACAAUACAAUACAAUAAUAACACAUCCACUUAUAUACUUCACAUCAUAUCGCAUCAGCAUCUCUUCAACUUAUAUAUCCAUCAACAACCAUGUCUAUCCUCAGUUCCAUCAAGCGUGCUCGCGAUCACAAGGAGACCGCCAAGGCCAAAGAAGUAGAGCAACCCAAGGCAACAAAACCCACACCAAGAUAUCGCCAUGUUCCCACACACGCAGCAUGCGAUUCAGUCAACGUCGGUCCAGCUGGUGCCCGUCAUCACGACCGCUCCAAGGUUCGCGCUGAGAACCGCAAGCGAACGGCAAAAGCGGUUGCUGAUGCCAUGCACGACAAUCACCACAUCCAGAUGAACUUCCCCGGCUCAUCAACGGCGUCUCCCUUCACCAGUGGUAGCUGCAGCACUACCUAUCAACCGAGCGAGACUGACUACGAUGGAGACAUCAGCCCUAGAAGUCACUCUCCUGUGCAUCACUUUGAGCCUGCGCACAUCUAUGAGUACUCUCCUGCGCCAACUUUCCAUCAUCCCAUUUCUCUCAAGGGCAAGGAAGUUGUCCGAGGUCCUCAGUAUGGCUUGGCCUACACUGUAUCCCCUGACCCCCGGGAUCGGCUCGCUGAGCGUUUCCAGACUGGUGUCAUGAUCUAAGCUUGUACUUGAUGAGAUUUCUGCCCCUGGAGGGCGAUUUCUCAGACAUUAUCACAAGCUACAAACCAAAAAAACCAGCAAGGGACUGACUCCCUGCUAUCACCCACGCUUCGGCCCAGCAAGGUCCAUCAACUUACACCGAUCCGUCCACCAAGCUCUCCAUUGAGAUCGAGCAGGACAUGGUACUCAAAGUUCUGAAAGAAUGCGAAAGCGAGCAACCCAACAAGACCAAAAAAGAAAGCUACAGGGGUCGUCUUGUGGGGGAGAGAAAGCAAGCAUUGGAUAUGGGGCCCCUCUCGGGCAUUCCGACGUCGAGUUUGACACAUCUUGGCAGAAAUCUUAUACUAAAAUAAAAAAAAGUACGCCACACUCUGUUUAGACUUGGUUCAGAGCAGGAAUCUAAACCGAGCUAAGCCCUUUACUUCAUGUAUAAUAGCGUUUAGCCUCUUCUUCUAGAACCUCUCGGGUUCUUCCUUUACUGUACGUACAUACUUUUUAGCUUUAGGCUUUGGCUGCAAUGGCAUCAGGUCAUUCUUCGUUGGCUGGAACCAACCGUUACUGAAAUGAAACUAAGACAACGAUUCACGUUCACAUUCUGUUUUCCAUCGAUCGCGAUCCUUGUGAAUGUCAUGAAGACCACUGCUACAGGGGUUGUAAUUGAGUUUGUUACCUAAAUAAUCAAAUGCGGUUAUUCCAGUUGACUCAGUCUGAUUGAUCUUCUAAGUCGCAAAGCUUAGACUCCCUGAGCGGAGGUAGUAAGGGAGGCUGUAUAUUCUUAUCGCAUGUUGGUUUCUUCAGGUCGUGUAUGGUCUGACGUUGAAAAAUAUAAUCUAAAGUCUCA